AUGUUUGAAAUGCGCAAAUUGAAGACAUAUAAUUCUUACAAAAGUCCUAAAAAAAGUCAACUCGAUCCUUCUUUCAUAAUAGAAAAGCAACUUCCAUCGAAUCCCGAUGAAAAAAAGACUGUCAGCUUUACCCCUGGUACAACGAAACCAAUUAACACAGGUGCAGGUAGCGUUGACGGUGUACGGCAAUCGUCAGAAAACGUCAGAGAGUCACAAAAUGAUAAUUCUGAACAAGAUUCCAAAGGAUCACACG